UGGCUCGAGUCUCGAGCAGCGACUUCCUUGUUUCCCUGGCGCACCUCUGACCGGGCACCACCGUUCGACUAGAUGGGUGGCAAUAACUCCAAGAAGGCCGAAAUCAACGCCAAGCUGAAGGCCAAGGAGUGGCAGUGGCAGCUGAAGACAGAGGUGAAGCACCUGGACCGAGAGAUCAAAAAGAUCCAGACCGGCGAGGCGAAGCUGCAGGCGGAGAUCCGCAAGCAGGCCGAGGCGGGCCAAGUGGACUCGGUGCAGAUGCUCGCCAAGUCGGUUGUCAAGUCCCGGAAAGCGGUGCAACGCCUAGAGAAGACCAAGGUCAACAUGCACGCGGUUGAUCUCCAGCUGACCACCUCCCUCGCGACCAUGAGCACGGCGAGCUCCCUCAAGCUCUCCACGGAGGUUAUGCAGAAGAUGAACAAGAUCGCCGGCAUGCCGGAGGUCGGGGAGACCAUGAGGAAGAUGCAGGCAGAGAUGGCCAAGUGCGCCGAGGUGGACGGCGCGAUGGAGGCGGCGUUCGAGGAGGACGGCGAGGCGGACGCGGCCGCCGUCGAGGUGCAGCGGGUGCUCGAGGAGAUGGCCCUGGACCAGAUGGGGCCCCUGGCUGCCGCGGCGGCGGCUCCCGCCGCGCCCGCGCCAGUGCCCGCGCCGGCGCCGCCGCCGCCCGCCCCGGCGGGCAACGACGAUGACAACCUCAUGCGUCGGCUGGCGAACCUCAAGAACGUGUGAGCGCCCCGCGGGCCAGUGCGGGAUCGGUACCUUUUGGUUUCCCCAUGUGCCGUAGGCGCGCUCACCGCGACGUAGGUAUCGGCGAUGUAGGUGUUUUCGGUGUGGUAGGGGGGGCUGGUUCGUGGCCGACCGGGCGACCUACGUUUGAUGCUCUUGGAAGUCACCCCCCCAGUGACCACCCGCCCGAGGAGAGGAGCAGCGAGCCCCAGCCCGCCCCGCGAGGGCGGAGGCCAGCUGGGGCAGCGCUCCACCACGCGCCGCCCCUGCAGAGGCGCCGGCUGACACAGCCCCGCCCGCGGGCCAUACGCGCGCGCGGGCGGGCAGACUGGCGGCUGCAGUGGCGCACGGCCGCGCCCGAGAGCGAGGGAAGAAGCGCGUGGCCACGACCAAGA